GAAUGAACUGAAUUAAAAUAUUUCUAAAGAGUGUUUUCUUCUGUUUUCAGUCCAGUUCAGUCCAGACCAUCUCUGAUGAGGAGAAACCUUCACCUGACUGCAGCUUGAACAAAGACCCAGGGUUCCUGAACGUUCUGAUGAACUGUCAGUGGCAGAGUUUAUGGUGCCAGGUGGAGGAUGGAGUUCUCAACAUGUUUGGCGAGGAGGAGGUGAAACAGGAAGAGCAGAAGAAGCGUUCUCCAGAGUACACUGUCCAGCUCAGAGGCUGUAAAGUCAGAGGAGGAACUGACACUGAUCGCUCCUACAGGAUCUCUCUGAGCAUGCUCGGUGACCAGGUGGCUGUACUGGAGGUGAACUCUUCAGAGGAGAAACUACGUUGGCUGAAGCUGCUUCAGGACGUAACUGUCAAUCACAGUUACCAUGACAACAAGACUCAGGAGCCCACAGGGGGCGCUCUGAGCGGGCUGCAGACUCGCAGGUUCCCCACCUCCAACACCUACAUGGACGACCCGUUCAGUCUGAGCGGAGUGAGCAAAGACCAGCCCGUCUACUCCAACUCCUCCAUUCUGGAGCACAUGCUCCACAGCUCUCAGGAUUUAGUUCAACGCAGCUCGAUGUCGUCCAGGGACUCGACGACCUACAGCAACACGACUGUUUGCAGUCAGAGUAAACAAUUGAGAGAGGUGCAGCGCAGCGUUCAGAAGCUGGAGCUGGCUGGGAAACCUGUGGUUCAGAUGAGGGCGGAGUCAGAAACCAACCUGGUGUCUGCAGUCAAGCGAAACAAACGCACCUCCUUCAGACAGUCGCUGGCCAUCUGCACCGAACGUGCCCAGGUGGGCUUCCUGAACCCUCUGUUGCGACGGACGGCCUCAGCGAAGACCUCUCUGAGACGAGCUCCUUCAGCGCUGUUUAUUGAACAUGGAAAGGUUUUCCAGAGGAAGAAGGUGAGAUGUUCUCCAGCUGAAGGUCCUCUCUACAGGAGUGGGAGACCAAAGCUGCUGCUUGACAUUCACUUCCUGUUUAUCAUCCAAUAAGCUUUAAAUAAGCACAAUAAUUAAUAUGAAAUGGUGAGUUGAGCAGCACUCAGCUGUGAUUGGUUGUUGGAGCUCAGGUAGACCUCAGAUCCAAAGUAAAUCUAACGUUCACACAUUUUAUGUUAUGUUGUUUUUAUUUGAAUGGAUUUGUUUUUCUGAAGUUGUAUAUUUAUGUCAGACUGACCUCAUCGAUUCAUGAGGUGCACCUCGCCAUUUUACUUCCUGUCACCUUAAGGCUGGAGUUGACUUCUUAUUGGCUGAUAUCUAAAAGCCCAAAAAGGGGGCGGAGCAUGUGAAAAAUUGAGACAUUUCAGGCAAAACAUUGAGUGCUGAUGUACAAUAACAUUGGUAGUUGAUUUUAUAAAAAAGCAUUGUUUUAAUUAACAAACUAAUUAGAAAACCAUUAAAUCUGAUUAAUUAUGUUUAAUUAGGUUUUUGAUUUGAAUUAUUUUAUCUGAUUUUUCAGCUAAAAGCACAAACAAAACAUAUAAAUCUCAACCUGUCGCUGUUUUUAGAACAAUUGUUUGUGUUGUUGUGAUAAACCAACCUCUUUAAUUGUUCAACUGAGAUUUUAAUCUAUUUAUUCUCUGAAAACAUAACAAUCUUUUUAACGUCAGAAUAUUAAACACAUCCUUUUGAUGUUCAAUUAUUAAGAGCUAAAGAUUAAAGUUUGAUGUUGGUUUUCA